GCCCUAGUCCCGGAAGUUGCUGACCGGUUUCCAGGAAGUGUGACCUGGAUCACAUGAGCGGCGCCGGGCCGAGCGGGGUUGGAGGGGACGCGAUGGCCGGAGAGGAGGAGGAGGGGAAGCCUCUGCUGGGCGGCCAGGACGGCGAUCGAGACCGGCGCUCGUCUGAUAGGCCGGUCUCAGGCUGCGGCCGGGUCGCCUCGGCCAUGUGCGACCCCCGGCGAUGGCCGCACCGGUUCGUGGUGCUCAUCCUUAUGUGUUUCCUGGGCUUCGGUAGUUAUUUCUGUUAUGAUAACCCAGCUGCUCUGCAAAUCCAAGUUAUGAACGAUAUGCAAGUUAAUACUGUUACAUUCAUGCAGCUAUAUGCCUGGUAUUCUUGGCCCAAUGUUAUCCUUUGCUUUCUUGGAGGAUUUUUACUGGACAGAGUAUUUGGAAUGCGUUUGGGAACAAUAAUCUUCAGUUUAUUCGUCUGUGUUGGGCAAGUCAUUGUUGCAGUUGGAGCUCUGGUGAAUGCCUUUUGGCUCAUGGAACUUGGAAGAUUUGUGUUCGGGAUUGGUGGGGAGUCACUGGCAGUUGCGCAAAAUACAUAUGCUGUCAGCUGGUUUAAAGGCAAAGAACUAAACCUUGUGUUUGGGUUACAACUGAGCAUGGCUCGACUGGGCAGUACUGUGAACAUGAACAUUAUGGGAUGGGUCUAUUCCAGAGUCACAGAGAUGGUAGGCUCUGUGGGCUACAGGACUCUUGGUAUAAGUCUCAUGAUAGCUGCCUCGACGUGCAUAUUCUCCUUGUUGUGUGCAUUCAUUAUUGGUUACUUAGACAGAAGAGCUAAGAGGAUUUUAAACAAAGAUCAAGGGAAAACAGGUGAAGUUGUUAAGCUGACGGAUGUAAAAGAUUUUCCAUUAACCCUCUGGCUGAUAUUCGUCAUCUGUGUAUGUUAUUAUGUGGCUGUAUUUCCAUUUAUUGGACUUGGAAAAGUGUUCUUCAUUGAAAAAUUCAACUUUUCUCUGAAUGAAGCCAGCUUAAUCAACAGUAUUGUAUACAUCAUAUCUGCUCCAGCUUCGCCUAUUCUGGGGAUAGUGGUGGAUAAAGUAGGAAAGAAUAUAUUUUGGGUGAUGUCUGCUGUUCUCAUGACACUGGCUGCACAUAUGAUGUUAGCAUUCACCUUCUGGAACCCUUGGAUUGCCAUGUGUCUGCUGGGUGCAUCAUAUUCUUUGCUUGCCUGUGCAUUGUGGCCAAUGGUGGCCUUUGUUGUUCCUGAAUACCAACUGGGAACAGCUUAUGGCUUCAUGCAGUCCAUACAGAAUCUGGGUCUUGCGGUGAUUGCAAUCAUUGCGGGUUCUAUAUUGGAUUCAAAAGGUUACCUGCUUCUUGAAGUAUUUUUUUGUGCUUGUCUCUGUGUGGCACUUAUAGCUGUUGUUCUGCUGUAUUUUGUGGAUUUAUUGUCAGAAGGUGACCUGAAUGUGACUGCAUGGAAACGUUCAAAACUCCAAGCUGUUGCUGCAGCAGAAUGAGAAUUAGGACUAGCAGCCCUCGGCCAGAAGUACACAACCUUUCUUCAUCAAAACAUCAACAUGAAGAAUAUAUUUUAAUACACUUUACAGAGUUUGGAGGGGGGGGGGUUGUGGGAAGAAAGCACUUAGAUUAAUUGAAGAUUGUUAUGUUGCCAUUGAUUGUAACACCAAAAACUGAGUGGCAAAAUUUUGUAAUUCUACUUUAGGAGACUGUCAAAUGUUUUAAAUACAUUUACUUAUAUUUAAAUAUAAUGAGUUAAUGCCUGUCUGGAAUUUUUUAACAAUUUGUAAAAUGGUGCAUCUGGAGCAAUCCUGUGAUCCCUGGUUCCGUUAUUUACAUUUGAGUUGGUAUUCCUUGAAUGGGUAAGUUCUUUUGUUCUUGUAACCUCUUGCAUAACAGGCUUAAGAAAAUAAUGAUGAAAGCUUUGUCAUACAGGCAGCAAUGCCAAGCUGAAAAAUAAUUCUUUGCUGCUUAAAAAAAGUUGCUAAAAUUAGGUACAUCUUGUCAAAACAAAUUAACCUUGCCAGUGAAGUAAUUCAAAUGGGUGUUUGGUUGUUGCAUUAAAAGUCACUUCAUGUGCACAGUGGUAUUUUUGUAUUUGACUUCUGUAUAAUCACUUGACUAAUGUAAGACUGCUGGCCAGCUCUGUAUUUAUCACUUGAUUGCAAGUUAGCUUCCAUUUGAUUGGAGGCAAGUUGAACUGACUUUUUAUUUUCUUUGAAGAAUCUAUUGCAUUUCAGUGAUUGUUUUUCAUUCUAAUUGAACUAAAUAUUGAAUUUGAACUGUUUAAGAAGAUCACCUGUAUUAAGUACUCCAUGUAAUGGUUUUGUAUGUUAAACUGAACCAACAGUUUGCUAACGAAUGGAAAUGUUUUAUUUAAAAUUUUCUUUGGUUAACAGAAAUACAUACUGAUUGAUUUUUUUUUGUUUGCAAUGUGUUUAUGCUUGAUGCAGGAGUCUCCAAGCUUUUGUUUUCAGAGUUGCAGCGAUGAAUAAAGUUUUAGUCCAUGUU